UCAGGCGAGCAUGAAGUUGGUUGCUGUAACUUUCUGUGUUCUCUGCUUUCAGUUUGAAGCCCUGUAUGGAGUUGAUAGCUGCUCGUCAAGACCAUGUAAAAAUAUAGAUCAGCCUCAUGUCUCUGACCCCCAAGUGAUGGUGGAAUUUGAAAAUGGAAACUUCAAGUUCACAUUCCCCAACCCAAAAAAUGUGAGCGAGUUCAGCAUGACCCUCUUCAAAGGGCAUGAAAAGAAGGAGAUCUGUGCACUCCAUUUGAGUGAGGAAAAAGUUAUCCCCAAGAGUAAUGUCAUCUACUGUCAGACAGAGCACUCAAAUAGCAGCACCACUUUCAUUCUUAAAAAUCUGGAAAGAAAGCAUAUCGACAUUUAUACCUACUGCCUGGAGAUGUUCUUACCCCCUCCUUAUAUAGAUUGCCGGCUGAAAGAAACCUAUUUGUAUAUCCAAGAUAAGGAAGACUGCAUUUCACUGGGACUCAUGUCAUGGAUAAUUAUUGGUUUGAUCAUGUUUGCCAUGAUUUCCUGUGUCUGCUGUGUUGUAGCCUGUUGCUUAAGGAACAAGAAACAGCAGUGUGAAUCCAACUCCCAUGAGUACAAUAGUGAAUACAUGCCCAUGGCAGCAGUGAAUGCAGCUAAAAAACCAAGAAUCUGAGGUACAAGUUGCCUGUGGCAUGGAAAUUCUGGCAGCAGAGCUUUCCAGCUACUUGAACCUGGACAAUGGGAAAUCAGCAUUUCCUC